AUGCGGGCCGCCUGGGUGCUGCUGCCGGCGCUGGCCGCCCUGUCCGCCUACUACGUGUACCUGCCGCUGCCCGGCGCCGUGUCCGACCCCUGGAAGCUGAUGCUGCUGGAUGCCACCUUCCGGGCGGUGCAGCAGACGUGUCACCUGAUUCACUAUCUGAGGCUCAGCCAUCACUUGAUAGUUCUGAAUUAUUUGAUUUGCACCUUUGACAAGCUGAAGUCUGUCUCCUCUGAAGACAUUAAAAUCACGGAUGCAGUUUUUGACGGCGUGGAAGUGAGAGUGUUUGAACCUCCUGCGACGGGAGAUGAAAGCCUCAAGCGCAGCGUUGUUUACAUCCAUGGAGGGGGCUGGGCCUUGGCUAGUGCAAGAACAAGCCUUUACAACAAUCUCUGCAGAAUCAUGGCUGAAUCUCUGAAUGCUGUUGUUGUCUCUAUUGAAUACAGGCUGGUGCCCGAGGUGUGGUUCCCCGAGCAGUACCACGAUGCUCUUCGUGCAACAAAGCAUUUCCUGCAGCCUGAUGUCUUAGCUGAGUAUUCAGUGGACCCCAGUCGAAUUGCAGUCUCUGGGGACAGUGCAGGAGGGAAUUUGGCAGCUGCUGUGUGCCAGCAGCUUAGCAAAGAUGAGGAUUUGACCAUCAGACCCAAACUGCAGGCCUUGAUUUAUCCAGUCCUCCAGGCGUUUGACUUCAACACGCCUUCCUACCAGCAGAACAAGAACAUGCCCGUGCUUCCUCGCUACGUCAUGGUCAACUACUGGAUCGACUACAUCAACGGCAACUACGACCUGGCUCACGAGCUGCUGGUCAACAACCACACCGCCCUCAACGUGGGCCGCGCUCUCUCCUUCCGCGCUCGCCUCAACUGGACGUCCCUGCUGCCUCCCUCCUUCAAGAAGAACUACAAGCCCGUGGUGCAGACCACGGGCACGGCGGCCAUCGUGGAGCGGCUGCCGGCGCUGCUGGACGUGCGGGCGGUGCCGCUGCUGGCGGACGACGCGACGCUGGCGCGGCAGCCGCGCACCUACGUGCUGACCUGCGAGAACGACGUGCUGCGCGACGACGGCGCCAUGUACGCCGCGCGCCUGGAGCGCGCCGGCGUGCCCGUCACCCUCGACCACUUCCACGACUGCUUCCACGGCUGCAUGAUCUUCACCGUGUGGCCCACGGAUUUCUCGGCCGGCGUGCAGACCAGGAACAGCUACAUCAAGUGGUUGGAUGAGAACCUCUGA